CAGUUACCAUGGAGUUGUGCUGGGUAACCUUGAGGUAGUGAGUGGGACGCGGAGGCUGGAGGGGCAGCAACUGCGGGGGUAUUUCCAUUUUAACAGGGAACUAUUCCUGAACCCAAAGGAAUGAAUCCCUGAUGGUGGAGUUUGGUCGUCAGUGACAGGCUGAACCCCGGACUCCCAGGGCCAGUGCUUACACCUGACAAAUGAUGGCCUGAGCUAUGAGCAGACAGGACUACAUGAACAUUUCAGAAGUGCAAGAACCUCCUCUUGACUACUCCUUCCGAAGCAUCCACGUGCUUCAAGAUCUGAUAAGCGAGGAGCCAAGGACAGGGCUGCGACCACUAAGGCACUCAAAGUCGGGGAAGUCACUGACCCAGUCCCUGUGGCUGAACAACAAUGUCCUCAACGAGCUGAAAGACUUCAACCAAGUGAUUUCACAGCUGCUGGAGAACCCAGGGAACCUGGCUUGGAUUGACCUGUCUUUCAAUGACCUGUCUUCCAUUGACCCUGUCCUGACAACUUUCUUCAAUCUGAGUGUCCUCUACCUCCAUGGCAACAGCAUCCAGCGCCUAGGAGAGGUGAAUAAGCUGGCCAUCCUCCCUCGGCUCCGGAGCCUGACACUCCAUGGAAACCCCAUAGAGGAAGAGAAGGGGUAUAGGCAGUAUGUGCUGUGCACCCUGCCCCGUAUCACCACGCUCGACUUCAGUGGGGUCACCAAAGCAGACCGCACCACCGCUGAAGUGUGGAAACGCAUGAAUAUCAAGCACAAGAAAACCCAGAUCAAGCGUACCAUGCUCUGAGGAUGGCAGGACGGCAGCCAUCCUGAAGGUUGAGGAUGGCCAGUUUGGCUUGACAAUAAAGAAUUUGACCUGUUCA